GCAACGCGCAUGACCCAAGAAAUCAAACCUCCCAAAAUAUAGAGAACAAGCCAAAGAAAAGGUGAGAUCUAAGUCUGAAGUAACCCCAUAGUCAAAAAAGAGAAAGAGCCUGCAAGGAGACUUUCCCCAGCAAACAAGAAGUUGUAAAAAAAUUGCUAGCCUCAUGGCCUCAUCUGCUUAUCCAUUCUUACCUCACAAAACCAUUCUCCUCCUCUUAAAACUCACAGACCCCACAUUUUCUCCUCCUCCUCCUCCUCCUCCUCUUAUGCCCUUUUUUCUUUUUCUUCUUAUAUUGUUCUUAAUUGUCCACUUUUCUUUCGGUUGAUCUUUGAUUCUUCCCAAAACAUCAGAGACCCAAAAGUCUAAGCUUGAAAACAUCCAACAACUACUACAUCUCCUCAAUAAAAGACAAAACCCCAAAACGAAAACAGCCCAAAACAGAAAUUAAAAGGACAAAACUAUUGAAAGUCUUUACUCUCACAUCACUUACACCACUUUCCCUUCUCCUUAAAAGCACUCUUUCCCCACAUCCAAACACCCCUUAUCUCCAGCAAUCCAUUUUAUCUUUUCAGCCUUUUCCAUUCUCCCUUGAGAUCACUCCAAGAAAACAGUUAAACAAAAUAAAUACAUUUAUUUACCGAAACCCCCCCAAAAGAAGAAGAAAAGAAAAGAAGAAAUCAUGGUGAAGCCCCAAAGGCCACCAUCUGGCCGUACAAAUCUAGCUUCAUGCAUUGUAGCAACAAUUUUCUUGAUCUUCGUUGUGAUAAUAGUGCUCAUUGUUUACUUCACCGUUUUUAAACCUACAGACCCGAAGAUCUCCGUUAACGCCGUCCAGCUUCCGUCGUUCUCCAUCGGUAACAACUCUGUUAGCUUCACUUUUUCCCAAUACGUCACGGUUAAAAACCCUAACCGAGCUGCUUUCUCCCACUACGACAGCACUAUCCAGCUUCUCUACUCGGGUUCUCAAGUAGGGUUCAUGUUCAUACCCGCUGGUAAGAUCGAGGCGGGUCGGACCCAGUACAUGGCUGCCACUUUCGCCGUUCAGUCAUUUCCCUUGGCGGCACUGAAUGAGGCGUCGGCGGCGACGAUGACAAUUCCCACUCCGACGACGACGACGACGGGACCCAUUGGGUUGGUUGGUGGGUUUGGCGGGAGCAAUAAUGGGUAUCGAGUUGGGCCCACGAUGGAGAUUGAGUCUCGGAUGGAGAUGGCGGGUCGGGUUCGGGUUCUGCAUUUCUUCACCCAUCACGUGGAUGCUAAAUCUGGGUGUAGAAUCACCAUUUCUGUGAGUGAUGGAUCUGUGUUAGGGUUUCACUGCUAAUUUUUUUCCAUUUUUCUACGUUUGGUUCAUGUAAUUUUAGAUUUUUAGCUUUUUCUUACUAAAAAUUUUCAGUUUUGGAGGAUUUGGUGAUUUGGGUAUUAAAUUUUUUAUACCCAAUUUGUUGAAAAAACUGUAAAAAUAGAAUUUUUUUUCCCCUUUUGUUGCAAGUAAGCUCUUUUAGUAUAAAGAACAAAGUUUUGAGCUUAAUUUGUCAAUUAUUAAGUAAGUUUUAAGUGUAAGCAAAGAAGCUUUGUGUAGUGUAGAACUUUUUCUGUUCAGUGUGAUUAACUGAAGAGUAAGUAAAGAAUGAUGCUUCAUUGCUUGUUGGUUGCAACCAUGAGGCUGAAACCGGAACUUAAUUUUUUGGGGGUUUGGUCCAACAGCGAAGCAAGGUCAGUGAAUAAUGAGCUGGAAAGCAGCGUAAAAUGCGGCUGGUUUUUCCUUCUGCUUUUCUUUUUGUCCUGUCAAGUGAGACUCCAGUUGAGAAAGAGGACGUCGUCGUUUUAAACUGAAUCAGUCGCAGCCUUGCAGACUGCAGAGGUUGGGAUCAUCACCGGUGAAUUUAAUUGUCCCAGAUUCUGGUGAAAACAGAAAACGGAGCGGUAAGAAGGAGAAAUAGUGGUACCCGCGAGUAAGAAAAUUUGCGGGAGUUCUUAACGUGGGUGGGACCCAAGACAGCAGCAGGACACUGAAAUCAUCAUUGAGUGUCCACUAACCUCGAAACUCGAGUUUUUUGCUUUUUUGACUUUGUUUUUGGUAAUUAAAACCUCCCCACGUUCUUUUGAUGACCAUUUUCUACUGUCCCUUUUUUUAUGAGUAAAUUUAAUUGGUCCUAAUGCGGGAUUAGAGGACAGCACGGUAAUUGCCGAGGAGU